AUGGCUGAUCCUUCUAAAAACCCUAUUGCUGAUUUGAGCGAAACUCAACAGCUGGAACUCUCAAAAUUCAUUGAAACCGAACAGCAAAAGGUGAAGUUGCAACAAGCAACAUCGGAAACCAGCUUGACAAAAGCGAGGAGCAAUGCUUGCAAAACUGUGUGGAAAGAUUUUUGGAUUGUAACUUUCACAUUAUUAAGAGAGUACUAUGGCGAUAUGGACGGAGAUGGUUAUUCACUGAUGAUUGUUUCGUUUGCCGAGCUAACCAGUCAGUCUUGA